AGCCGUGUGCUAGUGAUCUGGGCUGGUCAAAUCUCCGCUGAAGCCUUCGCUCAUUUGCAAGUAAAAUACCUACCUACCUACCUGCAGACAACUAAUGCAGAUCCUAUUGAUGCAUGAGUAUUCCAUGACUUUUACAGCAGCUUCCCGAGUCAGUCCCAGUCUUCACAUGUGUGAAAUCGGCGAAUUUCGUGGAGGAUAAUUCACGUUGUGGUGCAACAAGUGAUGUCGGACAUGUUGGAAUGUUGGGUCUGUUGACCUCGGCUACAUGUAGUUGGUGUCUUACAUCGUAAUAAAAACAUUAUCAUGUCAACGUGAGAAAAGCUCGGCUUAUUUUGCAUUUAACUGUUUGGUGUGAACAGAGAGAAAUCAUGGAGGUUUACGAGGCUAAAUAUGACUAUGUGAAAGAACGAGAUGAUGUUCUGAGCUUUACUAAAGGCGAGAAAUUCUACAUCACCAACAAGACCAAUGACAAGUGGUGGGCCGCUAAGAAGAUUGAUGACAACACAAUAGGUUACGUACCGUCGAUUUAUCUCAAGCCCUCAACAGAAAGAAUCAUCCGAAAACUUGUGCCGGAAGUAAGGCGAGACACGGAAGAGCACAAGAUUCAUUUACGAGCGUUAGCUGAGAUACACAAGAAGAUCAAACCAUUACCUGGGAGAAAUCGUUCAGUCAGCUGCCCAGCGCAUGUGAUUGGUCAAGCCAUUGGCGUGGAGCUUGACUCAAGCGACGAGGAGGACCAACCCAAGAAGUUACCUCCCAAGAAGAUACAGACUCCUAAGACAGCACUUCGUUUAGAGGGCCUGGCACAAGACAAACCACCACCGCCGCAGCACAUACGCUCGCACACACACAGGGGUUAUCCCCUGGGCUCCCCCGAUACCCACUCUCCCGUGUCCCCUACGUUACCCACCCCACCCAUGUCGCCCAAUCAGCUCCCACCUUACAAGAAGUACAGCUGGCCCCACGCUGGUGAGCCUCCUAUGAUGAGUCAUCACCACCACACCCCAAACUACAUGUCACCUCCCCCCAUGGCCAGUCCUCCUCCUCCCGACUAUGACUUGGAAGACGGAGCCUUGGACAAAAACGACAUGCCGUUUCAUCACAAGCCAGUGAAUUCUUCAGGGCGGUAUUCCUCCUUGUCCUCAGAGGAGGACGACUCGUUAUUGAUCAAGCCAAAACCUCUCCCCAACCCAGUCAAGGAAUCCAAAGAACAUCGACAGAUGCACAGGGAACUGAGGCUAAGCUAUAAAACAGGAGGACCUUUGCCUCAGAAGUCAGAGCUCUCUGUGGUCAAUCGCGAGCGGAGAAUGGAGCAGAAGAGACGAGAGCAGGAGGAAGAAGCUAAAUCCAGACGUACCAGCAUGGAGAUCAAGCUACUGGAACGGAAAGAGAAGGAACAACAGGAAGAGGAACGAGAACAGCGUCUGGCUAAGAUGAAGGCGCAAGAAGCUAUAGAGGAAGAGAAGAAACCUGAAUUCAUGAAAGUCCGUCUCAAGCAGACCAGUUCUCUUCCUAAGACAUAAUACCGGCUAAACUCACCCACUCCUACCAAGAUACUCACAGUGUGUGUGUGUGUGUGCAUCUUCCACUGUUGCUGUCGAGUCCUUCUGGGUGUUUCUCAGUGUACUCAAAUGCAAGGUGGAGCUCAUGCCUCAAACCAACAUAUUGAGUCACAAAUCACCCGAGCUACCUCAAGUCAAAGGCCUUCAAGAGAAUAGUGCACGUUAUAAACCGGCCAGAUUCUUCAACAUUCAUCAUCCACAAAAAAUGUCUGUUUUAAUCAAGAUGCUAAACCGUUUGAUACGUCAAAACAGAACUCUUUGUUAUCUCUGAUGCAAAACAAAAUCACUGCAAGAAAUGAUCUCUAAGACCCCAGGGAAGGACUCGACAGCAGUACCGUCUCAUUCUCCCCCCUCAGUUCCACCAGAUUGUCUAAGGUGGCACUCAGCUAUUUGCUCCGUAUUUUUGUACCGCAUAACCUUGAAAACAGUUGCCUUACAUAGGGCCAAAGUAUGCUGAAAUGUCAACAAGCUGUGUCUCAUUUUUAAAACGGAGACUGAACUUUUGUAAAGCUUUCAUGGCAAGAAGUAAUAAUUGCCUUGCACUCUAUAAAGCAAUUUUUUUUCAUAUUUUGUAAAUUCUUGAAGGUUUCUGACAGUUCCAAUUCAAGUCACCGUUAGGUAUUUUUAGUGUCGAAGCCACAUUAUGUAUUAGCUUAUAGUACUAUCCAUUAUACCAUCUAUUUUCAAAAAAGAAGAGUCACUGUGCAUGCACAUGUACAUAUCUCAUUGUCUUUCAUAUAAAAACUUGGUGCCAGUGUCGUAGAACUGCUAAGCUACAUGUAAGUAUGCAUAUUGGCUUAGUGCACAAGAGGGUUGCUUAGCAACAGCAGGGUACCAGCAAGAAUUGCUUUGGAUAGUACGCUGCUGGUGUUUUGCCCAGCAAGACCAUACCGGUAGUGGUGUCGUUUUUUUCUGCAAGGUUCCAGUAGCUCUGUGAUUUUGGCCAAGAUGUUUUAAAGUUCAUUGUGUUUGCACUCAGGUAGAAAUAUCCAGUCCAAACUGAAGCAAAGCAAGAUUUAUCAGACUGCGGUGUAAUUCAAAGCGCUAGGUAAACUUGAUGUGUUGCAAGUGGUGACAAACAUUUUCAGGGCAGGAAUUUCACAGAGGCAUCGGAGGCAGUUGCCUUGAUGGCCUUGGUCUUUGCCUCAAUGUCCAUUGCAAUGUCCCCAUAGACAUGUUGACUUUCUAAUGAAAGUUCCCUUUGCAAAGGAGAAAUUGCCUUGCCCUUUCAAGAACAAACCUCCAGCCCUGCAUUUUACUUGUAUACAAAUGGCAAGAUGCAGACUAGGCUUCAUGAUGGAGUGCAGGCUGAUACUCUAUCCACUGUACAUUGAGGCCGUUACUAGACCACCAGCUUUACUUCCAACCUGUCUGACAUGGAUGCAAGUUGAAUCCAAUGCUGAGAGAGCAGUAACCACACCCAUUGAAGAGCAGCGAUAGAUGAAUCUAUGCCUUGGUGAGAUAUAGACCAUGGAAUUUACUUUGAUUCAAUGAAACAACCCUCAAUUAGCUUCACAUUCAUGAUGUUGCCGUGUGGCUUUAGUGGCAAAGUGAAGAAAUGAAUGAUAAACUAGCACUUUAAAGCUGUCAGUCUGUACCAUGACCAGUUAUUUAUUUGUACAAGUCAUUUUCCUGAGUGUCUUCCCAUUAGUCUUUAGCGAUCGCUACAUGUACUUUUGUCUAACAGGUUUCAGAGAAAAUUGCUAAUAUAUAGAAAAUCCUUGCUAUGGCUUUAAAUUAUGAAAUGUUUAGAUGGCAAUUAGAUUGUUCCAUCCAAUCUAUACAACUUUAUUUACAACAGCAGUACACAUCAUUUCAAGAUUUUUAUAUUUGAUGUAAUUUUACUAUUUGUAAUUUAACUUUCCUGUAUCCAUGUCCAAAAUAUUGCUAGCAUUUAAUGGAGUACUUUUUAUGGACAUGUACUUCAAGCGUAGUGCCAGUUACUGUCCCCAAAAUGCCUUGCUUUACUGAACGUGCCUUGAAACUGCAAGUGUGUACACAAGUUUCUUCUCUUUUGAAUACAAAUUUGGUCCAAGAAUACACUUGAACCCACCAUUGACCCCAUCUGCUUCGAGCAGAAGCACCCCCUCAUCAGUUGAAAAGAGCCCUGUUGGUCGGGAGUAUUCAUUCUCUUGGUAGCAAUGUGACUGCAACCCUUGCGUUUCCUCGUCAGUCUUGAACCAGCGAUGUGCAAUCAAUAUGAGGAGCCUCUGUUGCUGAGGAAAUAGCACCCUCGCUUGGUCCAGCUUGAGACCCACAGAUCAAGGAUAAGGGCUGUAAAUCUUUCACAGAUUAUGAAGGAAAUGCAGAGCAUUGUGGGUGCUUUUAAUAUAUCCAUCCAGUACAAGUGUUGACCCAGGGUCAAAGGUUGAGCAAAAUGUCCAUUGUGGCCAGUUUGCUGUGGGUUCAAUGUGUGUUCAAAAAAAAGGUCAGUACUGGUAUUGCAAGUAGAGUACUUUGUGCGAGUUUUGUUGACAUGACUAAAGGCCGGUCUAUACCGCAGGUGAACGUGGAAGUGAAGGGAAUUUGAUGUUGGGAAAAAUUGCAGCAAAAUUUCGCUCGAGUUGAAAUGUGUUCAACUUGUACAAAUCUGCAGUGCACAUAUUUGAUCUGACAUCAACAAUUUGCAUUCACUUUUGGAGGAAUUAUGAACCGGUCCUUAAUGCAGAACAAUUGGGCCUUGUUCUUGUAAUGUUGACAUGAAACCAUUUCGGAAUAUCACUACCUCUGGUGGUGCAUAUUUCUGCAGACAUGAGGGGAAAAGAAUUCCAUAGAUAUUACCACUUUUAGUGUUAUACAAACAGUCGGUGUUUGAAAGUCGGUCUUGGGAGAUAUGUAAAUUUAAGUACUGUAGCAUUGUAUAGUAGAACUCAAAGGGCAUUUGUGCAUGUAAAAACAACAGAUACAAAGUGUAUGACAGGUUGCUUUUUUUUCACAUACUCUUUAUCAAAUUUUGUAGAUUUUAAACCAGAAAAUAAUGUGAGCCAUGCUAGCGUAAUCCAUUUCAUUGGAUCCCGAUGUAAAAAUAAAGUGAUUCCAUGUCAGCAUUAGCAAUUUGAAUCUAAUACAGACCUGCAAUAAGUGUCGCUGACCGAACCGAACAGCCAUGUUGUAUCUUUUGGGGGUUGGUAGUUUAUUCUUCAAAGCAUGCUCCAACCAGUCUCUGGCUAUCAACUAGGCCCCCAAUUCAUGGACCUGUCACCAUUACCAGUCCAAAUAGCAAACAGUGAGCGUGCAGUACCUCCGACAAGUAACUGUCAGCCAGCUUUUGUCAAAACUUUUGUACAUUUGCUAAGCAGUUCUGUGCAGUUCCAUGCAGUUGGACUUGAGACAUCUGUAUACAUUUGUAAGAACCUGUUGCAACACAGUUGCAGCUCAAGUUGUUGAUCAAGGAUAGCUGACACACUGGUUACGAACGAUAUCCUCUCGAGAAAGAACACUUUAACUUGAUAUGGGAUUAAUUUGUGAUACGUCUGGGAUUCAGGUAUUUAAAAACCUCAAACAAAUGCAAAUAAUUUCUGUAAAUGUCUGGAAAUAAUUCCUCAGUUGUGGUAUAUUCCAGAAGUUGAGACUUGGUGUUGAUCAGGUAUUUUCAUUCCCAACUACACCUGUAGACUUUUGAUUUCAUACCUUGUUAGAUUUACAUUUACUUUCCUGUUAACAGUAGGUAUUCUUACUGUAGUGUAGACAUGUGGAAGCUACCUAGUGUUAUCAUUGUACUUACUUGAAAUGAUCCAUGUCAUUAUUACAAGCAUAUUUAUAAACUGUAUGAAGAAUGUUAACUGAA